AUGAAGUCUGGUUACUACCGGUUCUCCACUGGCUGGGAGAAGGUGAUCCUGAUGAUCGGGCUGCUCGGGGCUGCGGGAACGGGCGCCUGCCAGCCGCUGAACGUGCUCUUCUUCGGCGACCUGACCGGCAUCAUGGUGGACUUCGUGGCUACCGCGAACACGGGCACCAACGCCGAUGAAUUAAAAAAAAAUAUCACCCAGAAGUUCCUCGACGGCAUUCAGACCUUCGCUAUCAACAACAGCAUUGUCGGCGCCGCCACUUUUAUAAGCACAUACAUCUCUCUCGCCUGCUUCAACUACGUAGCUUAUACACAGAUUCACCGGAUCCGAAAUCUCUACUUGAAGUCUGCGCUGCGUCAGGACAUUGGAUGGUACGACGUGCACCAGUCAGGAGAGUUCGCGAGUCGCAUGUCAGAGGACAUGACGAAGCUGGAGGACGGGGUGGGCGAGAAGGUGCCCAUGUUCGUGUCGAUGGUGGUCUCGUUUGGGGGCAGCGUGGGGCUGGCGCUGGGUCGCGGUUGGGAGCUGGCGCUCGUCUGCCUCGUAUCGCUGCCCGUCACCCUGAUCGUCGUCGGCAUCGUCGGGUUCGCGGCCUCGCGCCUCGCCAAGCGUGAGAUGACCGAGUACGCCAAGGCGGGCACCAUUGCCGAGGAGGUGCUCAGCUCCAUCAGGACUGUCAUCGCUUUCGGCGGUCGGGAGAAGGAGGUGGAGAGGUACGAGAAGAAUCUUCUGUCAGCCAAAAACCUGAACGUGAAACGGAAUUUAUUAACUGGGCUCGCGUUCGGCAUCCUUUGGUUCUUUAUCUACGCUAGCUACGCCCUGGCUUUCUGGUACGGUGUAACUCUUAUCAUCAGGGAUAUGGACAAAACGGAGGGCCAGAUCUAUGAUGCUGCAACCAUGAUCACAGUAUUCAUGGGCGUGAUGACAGGCUCGAUGUCGUUAGGGAUGGCUUCGCCAUUCAUCGAGGCCUUCUCUAUAGCCAGAGGUGCGGCCGCUAAGGUAUACUCCGUUAUCGACCGCGAGUCUCUCAUUGACAGCAUGUCCGAAGAAGGCAAGCGACCGGAGAAAAUAGAAGGCUCCAUCAACUUCAGGAAUGUCCACUUCGAGUACCCAUCCCGCAAGGGUGUGAAGAUUUUGAAAGGGCUGAACCUUAGCAUCAAAGGCGGUGAGACGGUUGCUCUGGUCGGUAGUUCAGGCUGUGGAAAGUCUACUUGCAUACAACUUAUACAACGAUUCUACGACCCUCUAGACGGAGCGGUAGAACUUGACGGCCACGACAUCCGGAGCCUCAACGUGGGAUGGCUGCGCUCGCAGAUCGGGGUGGUGGGGCAGGAGCCGGUGCUCUUCCAGACCACGGUCGAGGAGAACAUCCGCUACGGCCGGGAUGGCUGCACCAAGGAAGACAUCGUAAAUGCCGCCAAGAUGGCCAACGCUCACGCUUUCAUCUCCAAGCUGCCGCAGGGCUACGACACGCUGGUGGGCGAGCGCGGCGCGCAGCUGUCUGGCGGCCAGAAGCAGCGCAUCGCCAUCGCGCGCGCCCUCGUGCGCCGGCCCAGGAUCCUGCUGCUGGACGAGGCCACCUCUGCGCUGGACACCAGCAGCGAGGCCAAGGUGCAGGCCGCGCUCGACAGGGCGAGCGUGGGCCAGACGACGAUCAUCGUGGCUCACCGGCUGUCAACGAUCCGCAACGCAGACAAGAUAGUUGUGAUCCACGAUGGCCGGGUGGUGGAGCAAGGCUCUCACGAUGUGCUGAUGGAGCAUCGUGGCCACUAUUUCGACCUCGUCACCACUCAGAUUUCGGGCUCCGAGGAUCCUACUUCUCCAGGCGAAGAAGGAGGUGAUUCAUUGGACCUUUUACGUUAUAUGCGUAAAGUAACCAUCGACGACGACGAAGAACUGACGGAGGGCCAGCGGCUCAUGGCGGAGCACUACCAGGAGGGCACCGUCAAGGCGGCCAGCAUCCUCAAGAUCCUGCGCGUCAACCGGCCAGAGUGGCUGCUGCUCGUCAUCGCGACGGUCGCCUCCGUCGUCAGCGGCUUCGCCAUGCCGCUCUUCUCCGUGCUCUUCGGUGAUCUCAUUGGGACUCUUGGACAAGACGACCCUGACAAGAUUCGCGCGGAUACAGACUACUUCUCGCUGCUCUUCGUCAUCGUCGGCGUCGUCAUGGGCUUCAUGACGUUCAUCCAGACGUACCUGUACGGAAUCGCCGGCGAGAAACUGACGAUGCGCUUCCGAGGCCUGAUGUUCUCUGCGAUGCUGCGCCAGGAGGUGGCCUACUUCGAUGACAAAAACAACAGUACAGGGGCGCUGUGCGCACGCCUCUCUGGAGAUGCUGCCAACAUACAGGGGGCGACGGGCCAGCGGAUUGGCACCAUCACGCAGUCGCUGGGCACGCUGGUGUUGUCGGUGGCGCUGGCCAUGUACUACGAGUGGCGGCUGGGCCUGCUCGUGCUGGCCUUCGUGCCGCCGCUGUUCGGCGCCUUCUACGUGCAGGGCAAGCUGCAGCGCGGGGAGCUGCUCGGCACCGCGGGCGCCAUGGAGAAGGCCACCAAGGUGGCGGUGGAGUCCGUGACCAACAUCCGCACCGUGCUGGGCCUGUGCCGGGAGCGCCAGUUCCACGCGCAGUACCUGCUGGAGCUGCAGCCCGCACUGCAGGUGUCGAAGCGCAACGUGCACCUGCGGGCGAUCACGUACGCGCUGGCUCGCAGCAUCGGUUUCUUCGCGUACGCCGGCGCCAUGGCCUUCGGCGGCUCGUUGGUCGCCAGUGAGGGGCUGCCCUACGAAAAGGUCUUCAAGGUGUCGCAAGCUCUCAUCAUGGGAACGGCGAUGGUGGCGAAUAUACUUUCAUUCGCCCCCAAUUUCCAGAAGGGAAUAGAAGCGGCGUCUAAUGCCUUCUACCUGCUGGAGAGGCAACCUAGAAUCGAUGACGCCCCUGACGCAAAAGACGAAAAGUGGAGUGAGGGCGAGGUGCAGUACUCUAACGUGCAGUUUGCGUACCCGACGCGCGUGGGCAGCCUGGUGCUGCGCGGCCUGGACCUCGAGAUCCGGCCCGGACAGACGGUCGCACUGGUGGGGCCUUCCGGCUGCGGGAAGUCCACCACCGUGCAGCUGCUGGAGAGGUUCUACGACCCCACCGCCGGCGUCGUGUCUGUGGACGGCCGAAACGUGUCCAAGGUAAAAAUGGCGAACCUGCGGGAUCAGAUGGGCAUCGUCUCGCAGGAGCCGGUGCUGUUCGAUAGGACCAUCGCGGAGAACAUCGCAUAUGGCGACAACGAGAGGCAUGUUCCCAUGGCCGAGAUCAUCGAAGCUGCCAAGAAGUCCAAUAUACACAACUUCAUCUCCUCUCUGCCGCAGGGCUACGAAACCCGCAUGGGGGAGAAGGGCACGCAGCUGUCCGGAGGGCAGAAGCAGCGCGUGGCCAUCGCGAGGGCGCUCGUCCGCAACCCGCGGAUCCUGCUGCUCGACGAGGCCACUUCGGCGCUCGAUGCUGAGAGCGAGAAGGUGGUGCAAGAGGCGCUGGACAAGGCGAAGGAAGGGCGCACCUGCAUCACGAUUGCGCACCGGCUGACGACCAUCCAGGAUGCUGACGUCAUCUGCGUCAUCAAUGAAGGCCGCGUGGCUGAGUUGGGAAAGCACUCGGAGCUGCUACAGCGGCGAGGCAUCUACCACAAACUGCACAGCCUCCAAGGAGGGCGGCGGUAG